UGAGCAUAUAGCGUUUAACUCGAACAAUAUCAACAAACGUACAAACUCCAAAUGAGUGGAGUGUGAUGUCCAUGCUAGUAUACCAGAUUACAAGAAUAUAAGUGAUCAUACUUCAUCAUUAACUGAAGCAGAAGCAGAACUAGCUACACAUGAACAAAAAUAAUGCCGUCCAUCAUCUUCGGAAAAGUGCUAAUGAAAUGCUCAGCCUCCUUCUUGUCUCUGCUGGUACUCGUUGCUUCCUAUAUUCUGGUGCUGCUGCCUUUUCCGCUAGUCCUAGUGGGAACGGUGCAAAAUGCGGAUGCCGUUGGGUUUAAGCGAAGUACACCGGCAGGACCAUUAUACGCCAGAUUACCCUUGUUGUCAACGUCUGCUGAAGAUGAAGAAUCGUCAGAUGAUCGUUCGGAUACGUCCUCUGCUGCAGGCACUGGGUCGGACGAUGAGGAUACUUCUUCGACCUCAAGCUCCACUGAGGAUGACGAACGAGGAUCUACAGGCUCCAGAGGUCCCGGCCGUGGAGAUCCAGACCAGUGUCUAUUCUGCAUGGAGACUGCUGAGGAGUCGCUCACCCCGCUGCUUCGGUUUUGCAUGCGCUGCUCGGCGAAGACACAUCAAGCCUGCUGGUUCAAGUAUCGAAGUCAGAACUUUCGUGGUGUAUCCACACGUUCUGCCAUAGAUUCCGUUUCAAAAUGCCCCUGUUGUCGCGGUCAUUUACCUGGUUUGAACCGAGAAAAAUAUGCACACCUUUAAGGCUUACUCAUACUCAUCUUCAGACUGACAGGAGAAGCAUCAAUCCUGAAACGGUUUCAUAUUUGCUGGAAGGGAAACAAUACUAUAAGACCCAGAUGCUCGUCUUCAGGAUGAAUUGGAAUAUCAAUAUUAGGGAAAAUAGUAGAUAAGUACUUGCAUGAUAUUGACUUUCCUUCUUUCGGUUUUUGUUUUUUCUAGUUAGGUCUGCUCCACCAGCAAUGUCUAUAUCAAUAUUAGGGUCCUCUAAUGUCAUUUGCCCCGCGACUGUGACACUCACGUCUUAGCAAUGUACGCCGCGGGCCCACCAAGGUCACCGGGCACAUUCGGGGGACGUACUUCGGAGGACCUGAACAAGGUGGCGAGGGCGUUGUUGACUGGUACUUGUAAUCCAGACAGAAGCAAAGCUCGAAUGAGACCUAAAUUAAGGGAAGGCUAGCGGUGUUCCUGUUGCCGUUUGUUAUGGCUCUCCUAAGGGGGACACGCAUAACAAACGGGACACAAAAACGCCAAGACCCUAGGUCUAACUAGAAGGAUACAACGAGGCUUAGAAGCAGCUAUAGCCGCAGGUGACGACUCGUUGAACCGAUUGGAGCACGUUUUUGGACGGUAUCCAUUCGCUCCUGGCACUCGCGGCAUCAAUCGCAUACGCGCAUGGAAUACAGAUGCGAUAGAAAAUCAUGCGAAGAAUUUGCUCAGAGGAAAGAGCAAAAGGUCGCGUGAAUAUAGGUCAUUGGAUCGCCAUAUCCGAAUCCGCAAUUCCAAAUGCUGUUUACGUCGUGGGACGCUGAAGUGUCUAGCUGGAUGGGAGCAGGUGCGGUGCAACGGACUUCGGUGUUGUGGUUUAUGACUGCCAUGUGCUUUCCAUAUCCCCAUAUGCCAACUUGUUCGGAAACGACCCGCAACCCUUGUUCGGAAACGCCAUCCCCGCGAUAGGUGGUUUGCGCUCGUGGGUGUGCGUGUCUUUUCGUUUGGUAGACGUAUCUAAGUGGUUCUUGCCUCUCGUAUAAUUAAAGUAAGUGACGCCUCGGCAGCAGCUCUUGCCAUAAUGAAUGCUGAAGUGUCUAGCUGGAUCCCCUUCUAAAGUUAGUGCUUGUGCCCCUUCUAAAGUUGACCAAAGGUUGUAAGGGAGUAAAAGUGCCGAAUCCUGCACUGCUGCUAAAUUCAUUGUGCUAUUGCAAGACAGGUGCCGAAUAUUUGAGCAGGCAUCGGCCACACGCGCGGAUGUUUGGGGAACCGAAUCAGCAAUUUGUGGAGUGCAUGAUGAUGUGCUGUUUGGUUGGUAUUAUGCUUGAGCGAGACUUCGACUAUCUGAUGUGGGUAGAUAAGUGUCACUUCUCCUUGUCGUGGACAUCAGAGUUAAUACAGUGAUUCCAUUUGGUUCGGGGUGACGUUGUUUGCUAGUCAAUCGGAAAAGUUUUUGGAGGUUUGUCAGCGUGCUGCGUGUACGUCAAUAUCUGAGGACUCAAGUAGCAAUUACUACAAAUCUUCAUCUAGUAGCACAGCCGCGGCGUUUCUUGUUCUUCUAAUCAAGCGGUGGCAGGCAUGCCCGCGGCCGCAGCAUUUUCACAAACUUCGGUUAUGGCCGAAAUGUGUGCUCAAGGCUUGGCGUGCGGUUGUUCGCCCUUCGUCUGCUUUUACAGUUGCAAUUAUUGCGCACAAUGCUGCACGAAGGUAGGAAAAAUCUACGAUUCGGAGUGCAGAACAUACUGGUAUCAACAUCACAGGAAAGUAGAUGAACUUCUUAAUCUUACCGAUCAUUCUUCUUGGCACACGAAAGACAGUCAAGAUAUUGAGCAACAAGAAAAUACCAGAGGUUGUGCUUCUUCUAUUGGUAUGACAGGAGUGACCCAAAAAGACCAGUCAUCCAGUACUUGUUCUUUGCAGAAUAUCUGCUGUUGCUGUUUUUCGCAGAAUCUGUCUUUACAAGACGAUCCAACACAUCAGAAGCCACAUCUAGCACAACCUCCCCAGCAGCAUGAGAUGCAUGAUCGGACACGAGGUGGGUCUUCAUCUUCGAGUAGUCCGAGUCCAGCGCAGAUAGAGGAUGAACGCCUAGCUGAAAUUGAGGCUGGCAAAAGAAUGCUGGAGAAUGCUAAGAUCAUAGGGGUCACGUUUUUGGGCAGUGUCCUCGAUGAUGUACUGCUAGCUGGCUUGGACUAUGGUUUUUUAGAACAAGAAUUACCAGAAAUUACAAGAGAAGAAGUGAGGAGGCACCUCUUGGACGAAGGCGCUUCUCCGACUAGUGAUAGUCAAGAUGCUAGUGGUAGUACGGGCAGCGCCUCGUCGUCGUCAUCGUCCGUCGCUGAAGAUGAAGCUACUGCAAUUGUUCCUGCGAUGCUUGAAUCGAUUGGAAAAGAGAAGUCAGCGCAAGCUUUAUGGUGAACUUGUUUGUAGGUCCAUAGACCUGUACCUGUUGGUUUCUGCGUUUCUUCGAUAGUCGUCCUUACUAUUAUAUCGUAUGGUACAGUCGCUGCGUAGCCUUGUCCGUAUGUACUGUCACCGAAACCUAACCUGUUGGUUCAGUCUAGGCGGUUCUAUUUCUGUCUUCUUCUCAGCGAUGAAUAGAGGGAAAUCAUGCUUGAUAUUCUCAAUCAUGCUCCAGUACCAGUUGUACUCCUACUCUUUUUAUUCUUGACAAACGACAACUUAGUCUUAGACGACUCAUCACCUGCCUCCAUUUGCAUACCGCUAACACCAAGAUGGCUGAGAAUUACGGAAGAGUGCGGUGCAUGGGAUGGGUGCGAAUACUUCCCGUGUUUUGUUUUGUCGUGUUUUCCGAUAUGCAUGGAGGACUGCAUAGAUAGUUGUUGCUAUCCGCCUUACACUGCGACUCCACUGACGGGAGACUGAUUGGUGAUCAGUGGAACAGCACUAAUGCCUGGUGUGACUUAAAUGGAUGCAGGAAAACUUGUUUUACUGCGCUGUUUAUUCAUUUGGAAGCGAAAUUGAACAUAGGUGCUGCGAGUGCGUUCAGGCACGAGCACUUUUCAUAUCGUCACCUCUGUGUUCAUACUGUCUCAUUCGUCCUCAAGCUCGUCUUUCGAAGGAGAGAGAAGAGCACCCCGUCGAGAGUGUGAGAAAAAGGAAAUAAAAAAAAAAAAAGGAUUGGAAAUACAAAAAGGCGUUUUAUCAAAUGGGGCCUAGUGUUACUAUUUACCUCGAAUCGUAUUUAGUGUCCAGGGCAGCUCUCCAUCCUUCCUCAAAGUCCAAGUCCAUUGUCCGUCCAGUCCAAAGAUUUUUCUUCCCACCGCUCUCCACCCAGAAAAAUUCAGUCCGUUAUUUUUUUUUGUCGUUGGUCAAACAGAGUCAAAACUAUGAUCGCUUCUCUCGCAGCCAGUCGUCAGAAGGAGGCUGAGCGUGCCAUCAAGGAUUCGCAGGAGCGCCAGAAGAAUUUCAACAAAGCCCUAACCAACAUCCUUGCGCCAGGCCCUAACAUUUCGAUUGGUAGCAACAGAAGGCUACCGUGGGUUCAGACCCCAGCUGCUGCGGCGAGAGCACUGCCAUACUUCAAACCCCCUGAUCAUUGUGCAACGGGUGUACCUAGUUCCUCUUCAACAAGCAACGGCCAAGGCAUAGCACCCAGAAAGAAGAAGGAGGUGGUCAUGACGGCGAAGAGAAGAAUUGCGUGUGAAAUUGCAGGAGACACAGAAUUGUUAGGAGCUGCGCCUGUCAAUCUAGACAACUUGUUGCUCAACAAGAAAAGCAACGCGGUUGCCAACAGCAGGCUCAAAUCAUAUGAGUUAAUUAUCGGAAGAACGGCCUUAAGGGCAUGGCCUGCGUCAGAGGCGUCGCUGUAUACGUACAUCGGCAUUGCUAUUGCUGCCGAGUACGCAUCUGUGCCGGAGGUGGUCAGCGACGUGCUAGCAGCUUCUCCACAAUUAGAAGAUCACAUCGGGCUUCGGACCAGGGAAGUAAUUGCCAGGCUGCGCCGGAAGGGUGUAUUUGGAGAUAGAAAACAGAAACAAGCGCUGACCUUGUCUAUGAUCAGCAAGAUCCCACCAGGUGACGACUAUUGUGCGCUUCGAGCGAAGCUUGCAACUACGCUACUAGUGGCCUUCUACGGCGCUCUCCGCAAGAGUGAAGCAGAAGCAAUCGCGUUUGGACGCGCUGCGCCGAACUACGUGGGCAUGUAUUUCGACGAUGUGGACGAGUCCUUAGUUCUAGAUUUUUCGCUUUACAAGCAAAAAGGAGGAGUCCGGUGUGCAAGAGUAGUGAGAAUUUUUUGCACUUGCACGGAAGAAGCCCCAGAAACAAAGAAAAGUAGAGUUUGCCUCAUCCACAAUAGCACGCUCAGGGAGUGCGUCAAGUCUUUCACGGCAGGUGGCAUGGAUGUGUCGUGGGCAAUAAAAGCCCUUGUCAGGAACCUCAAGCUUCCCGAGGAGCAACAGUCCAACUUCGCCACCCACAGCUGCAGGGUGGGUUGCGCGGUCCAUCUUUUUGCGAACGAACUGAUGCCAGAAGUGAUUAUCCAUCACGCGAGAUGGUCCGACACCACCAUGCUGUUUUACUACGCCCGUAACAGCAAGAAGUUCCCAAGAGCGGCGCACUGGACGAAUGGCAUCAAUUGGUUGAAAAGCAACCAAGUUCAUAACAAGCACUUCGAUGGCACUGACAUGAAUGCCCUUCAAGACUUUGAUUUUGACACCCUUGAUUUUGAUUAGUUGCAUGGUCCAUACUCGAUCAUCUCCCCAUUUCCAGAAGUCCCACGGAUUCUAUUGAUGACCUCAGUUUCGAUCACUUUCAUUCCGCUCGAGACAAAAGGCUACAUGUUUAAGAUCUAGUUAAAAACAAUUGGUGUCAACCUACGCACAUUUAGUGUAGGCUUGUUCGUGCCCGGGGAGGAGUGAGAAGAAAAAGAAGGAGGGUUAGGAAAAGGCAAACGGAGGAAAAAUGAUGAAAAAAAAAGAAAAAGUGAACGGUGGCGCCUUUACAAUUGUACUUACCCUUUGGCGCGGACACCAGCAGUAUGUAGUGUCACUUGAAAGUGGGAUAGCCCUUCUUGUUGUCAGGUUUUUUUUUUGUUGUUGUUGCCGUCACGCAUUCAGCUUCAGUUUUUUUCCUUCUCAACUAUAAUAACAUGGCACAAGCAGCAGCUGGAGGUGUUGCAGCUGGCCCGGUUCAACCGCCUCCACCCCCAGGGGCAGGGGGAGCGAGUCAGAAUGUCAACGGCAAUCAGGGUGGCCAAGGAGGGGGCCUUGUUGUGGCUCAACAGCAAGCCCCCAUUAAUAUCAACCUUCAAGUCGACAACCUCGCGCAACAAAUGGUGCGAGCACAGGACCACCGCAACAUGGGAACUGCGGCAGAAGUGAUGGCUCACGGCGUCUGUGUUGGCCAGAUUACUGAAAUCACCAUGCAGCCAGAUCUGGAGUUGUGUCGCAAGGUAGUACUUGUUUUUUUUUUUCCCAUUAUAGUCAUAGUUUAGGUUUCAGCCGCUUGGAUGAAAAGGGUAGACAUGUGUUAUUUGUAGAAGAGUUUCGCAAGAAUCCGCUCACUUUUGUUUCGGGUAGUUGUCUGUCACCUCUUUGGUCUUGUUGUCGAGUUGUGUAGGGUUUCUUUCCAAGUCUUGUCCGCGUCCCCCUUCUCUCUUGCAGGUGAAUAAGGAAAUCUUCAAGAAGCAGUUGCAUUUGGCGUCCAAAAACGGAAUCGAAGUGAAGGAUGCGUCUACGAUCUAUAAGUUCAUGUACGCGCUAGCCUUCAACGGUGAAAAUGGGGCUGUUCUCAACUUUGCCGACGCGAAUAAAUUGGUGCUGAUGAUCAAAAGCAGUGAUCUCACCGAGGACAAUCGCAUGCGCAUUUUCGUGCAAACGUUGCUGAUGUGUUCGGAUCAAGUGGAGCCGAAUCCGCUUCAGCCCACAGAUGCUGAAGCAUAUCGAGUUCGCAUGGAUGCGUGGUACUCACUGACGUCUUUCCUUUAGGAGUGUGUUACGCGACAUGUUCAUUGAUUGCAAGAUGGUAGUUCCAAUCAGAGUGUGUCAGUUUUGUUUUUUGUUCAUUUCCUUUUUUCUGGAAAAAGAAGAAGAAAGUUAUGUUACAUUUGAAAAAGAAUUCACUCCUUUCACAAGGUUUAACAAUGCGUUCCCGCUGUUAUGGAGACACGCCGCGGAUGCUCAAAUUACGUUGAGCAAGGCUAUUGCUGAGAAUCAGAAGCAGAUCGAGGCGAUGAAGGAGGAGAUGGAGAAAAUGAAGAACCAGGCUGGCAAAUGGAGUGGCCCAUAUAACAAUGGUUUUCGUAACUACAACAGCAACCAAUACAACAAUAACGGGGGGAAGCACAGCAACAAGAAUAAUUAUAAUAAGAACAAUAACCACAGCAAUAACAGUAAAGGGGGUGGUAAAAACGACAAGAAUGGGAAAAAGGGCAAAAAGCAAUCCUUGCCUAAGUCGUGUUUCGACUGGAUGUGGGGGCUUUGUGAGAAGGAAAACUGCCCACACGAGCACAAGCGUCCUUCUCGUGAACAGUUUGAACAGAUGCAAUCCAGCAAGUUGUCGUGGGCGGUGGCGGGGCUGUCCUACGACGACUUGCCAGAGAGUUGAUUGAUUGACGUCGGUAGCAGUCACUUCUUCUUUCAUAGUUAGGAUAGCAGAUCCAGUAGUAAGUACUUAUGUCGAAAGAGUUUUUUUUUAGAGAUGUCAUGGCUUCCAAGUAGCAGUUGUUUCGAGUGUUAGUAUCUCCCUUGUAUGUCAUCCUAAGUCACAAGAUCAUCGUGGACAAUCUCUGACCGGCAGUCAUAGUUUAGUAGUGCUUAGUGUCAAUUGGAUUUUUGUGGAUUUUAAGGUUUGGUUUCUUCAAGGCAGCUAGCUGCUUGUCAACGAUUUUGCUGGGUUCAUAUCUGCUCAGAGUCAUCUCAGUUUUUGAAGAUAGAGCAAUUUGCAUCAUCACGCCUUUCGGCAUUUCACUCAUCACAAGUGAAUAACAUUUGCAGUCUCAUGCGCAGCGGUUCGAGAAAUAAUGGCUUUUCUCGUUGCUUGACUACUUCGUGGGAUGCUUGUUGAUCUCAUUUACUGCUUUUUCCCUCCGGCAGUAGGUAACGUGUCUAUCAAUGCCAUCCUAGAUGAGAACGCAACGAUUGAAGGAUAAGAAAGGAAGGUUGUGGGGGUUGACUCGCGUGGAUGUUCAAAAAGGGAAAAUAAAGGAAAAAAAACCGCCAAAGAGGGAGAGGUAUGCAAAACCACUGGUGCAAGAAUUUUUCUUUCGCUCAGGUCAGAUUCUUUUCAAUGACGGCGCAUGAAUCUAAAGAAGGUUUUUUUUUUGAUUGUUGCACACGACGAAAGAUGCAAGACUCGAGCCACGGCAAGAAUAAGAAUGGCAACCAGGAGGAGAAAGACCUGGAAUUCAAACACGAGCUUCAGUUCAUGUUGUCCAGGAUCGAAAUGGACACGAGGAGGAGGUUCCCGUUCACUCCCUUGGAAACCGAAGCGAGGAGGUACAUCAAGAAGCUCAGAUUUGUACAACCGGGUAACAUCUUCUCGUCGUUUUCGACAUGCAUGAAACGCAAAAAGUUCGAGGGCCGCGCUGCGGACUAUUCCAUAAAAAGUCGAAUGUCAGAACACAUCUUCAAGUUCAGUCACAAGUUUGCGCUAGGCUUGAUGAAAGGCCUGGGUGAAGAAUAUCUUCCCGAGGACAAGGAGUUUUACACUCCGCUGGCGAAAGGAGCCACGACUGUUGGACCCACGGGGGCUCCGGAUUAUUGGCCGGACCAUAACAAGCCGCGCCCAGAACGAGAGUCAAUCUCGACGUUGCCAGACAACAUUAACUCGUUCGAGAACGCAGCCUCUCCCGGCUGGCCAGAUGAUGAGGCACUCUUCACUUGGCAGGGCUCGUUGAUGGAGUGUCUGGAGCCAUCUAGGGAGGAUCAUACGUUUCUCAUGCAACCGCAACACGUCUUGUUGGGCUGGAGUUCAGUGUUGGAACUUUUGCCUUUACGAUGCAGAGGCGCGGUUGCGAAUCGCUUACUUCGUUGUUUGUGGGGUGAGACUAUCGGAACUAACUCCCUAGACGGUCCGUUUUCGAUUAGCUACGCUGCGGCCCGGGGUUGGCGCCUCCUCACGAGGCGUUUUCCAACGAAGCAGGCGAAUAAGAUCCGCCUAAUCGACCCCCUCGUUCCGCAGAACAAGACUUCUACCCUGGAAAAAAGUGUCCCCAUGUCAAGCGCGGGAGAUAUACUCGCCCAGGCCACCGCGUUGCACGACAUCAACUUAGUAGACCAACCGGUGUGCAGGAUGAACAAGAAAUUCAUCAAGAAAGCACUGAAGGAAGAAAAGCAAUACGAGAAGGAAGUGUGCGCGCAUAUUCUUGAAGGUGCAGAUGUGCCAGAUGGCAAAUGGUUUCAUGAAUCGGCUCCGCCAACACGCAGUCCAACCAGCGUUGACCUGGGUGUUAGAGAUAAACCUGGUAAGAGGUCGUCCGAGCAGAGAGAGCAAUCAGAUAAUUCCGUUUCCUUCGCGGUCAUUUCGAUCAUGUUGUUCGUCGUGGACAUUCUCAAGGCGUACAACAACGUGCCCAUUCGGGACUCGCGCCUUGUCUUCAAUCGCAUCGCAGUGUGGUCGCCUGUCGAUGCGUGCUAUUUCGCGUUCCAGUGCCUGGUUUGCGCCUUUGGGAACGUCCACAGCGUUACUUCAUGGAUUCGCGUCUCUUGGGGAUUACGCCUUAUUUUUCGGCGUAUGUUGUUUACGAUCCUUGAGCUGUACGUUGACGAUUUCUCGGGUAUCGCUCCGGCCCGCCUUGCGCAGGAGCUGCUCGACUGCUUCAUUCUGUUUUUGGACCAUCUUGGCGCUCCGUAUGCCAAGCGCAAGGUCAAGAUUGGGCAUGAAAUCGAGGUGCUCGGCUUGCUGUUCAACGUGUCCGGACGACCUUUUUAUCACGUGUCGCGCGAUAGAGUUGCUCAGAUUGUCAAACUGAUCGACUCUAUCUUCGCGGAGGGCAAGCUGGAGUCCGCUGCCGCGCGUAAACUGCAAGGAAAAGUGUUCUUCAUAUUCACUUCCCUCGUCGAUAGAGCGAUGAAUCCUGUGCUUCGUCCUCUCAUCAAUCGCUCAGAAGAAGUGGAUAAGACUUCCUUGCUCACGUUUAGGCUCAAACACUGCCUAUCUAUCAUCAAGUUCCUAGUCCAACAACCUAUCCGACGCUACGCUAAGUUUUGCGCGUCGGCGAACGUUGGCAACAUCAUUUAUACCGACGCAUCCUUCGCAGAUGCGGAAGGCCGCCUUUCGGGGGUCAAGGUGGUCAUCAAGGAGGAUGGCACUUUCAAGUUCUUGUGGUUCACUUUUUUGCUCACGAAGUCAGAGCUACAUCCUUGCACAGGUAGACAGCCCAUUUCUUUUUUAGAGGCACUUGCGCCUUCGUUGGCAGUCAGAGUUUUCGCUGAUCAUGUAAGUAAUUCAUUCCAUAACUUUGCGAUUGACAAUGAGGCCGCUAAAUCGUGCUUACUCAACCAGAGCUCUCAGAAAACUCAUAUGUCUUUUGCAGCCUUUUUGUUUUGGUCGUCCUUGUCUUUAUGCGGGGGUAGUGCGUGGAUCUCUCGUAUUCCCUCUGCCCUCAACAUUGCUGAUAUCUUCAGUCGUCUAGACAAACUUGAACUUGCUGUCCGUUUAUUCCCUGGUCUUUUUGAAGAAGUCAAACUAUCAGAUGAAGAUGUCAAUUUUUGCAAAGGUGCCAUGAAGUUAGAUCCCCAUUUUCCAGGCGCAUUGGUUCAGCUAGACAAAGGCUUCUUCCAACCACAUGAAGACAUCAGCCACGAUGACAAAACUGAUGAUAGUCCAGCUAAUUGAUUCGCUCGAAUGGAAGAGCGAUGUGCUUCAAUCGAUCCACAUAAUUCGUUUCGUAAGUCGCUUUUCUCAACGACACGGAAUUCCCUGUCACAUUGCUCCAGGAAUCUAGUAUUGAGCUACAAAUAGCGCUCUUCAGACGGUCCCCGACAUCCACCUCUUGGUAGGAAUUUUGUUCCCUAUGUGCAUGAAUUCAUCUCGUGUGUUCGGGUCGAGUCUCCCACCCGGCGCGUAGAACUCACUUUGUCUUCUUCACUGUCUUUGUCAGAGAGGUUCAAUCGUCGGGCGCCCGUCUUCACGGCGCGAGAUAUCCCAAUGCAUCAGGUUUGUAGUUCAAUCAUAGAUCCCAAAGGAAUAAACGACUAUUGAAGAUUCUUGAUUGGUGAAACUACAGCUGAAAUUUUCUACACCUCAUAGGUCUGCUCAACGUUAAAGCACUUUAAAUUUCUAAAAUGACGAUAGUAUCAAGUCUUUAUUUGUCUGUAGUUGUCGUACUUCUAAUUUUUUUACACGUCAUCACAUACUCAUGCUCCCCGGUACUGGAUUUGGCCUUGUGAGACAUUAUCAGUUUUCAUAGAAUAUAGUCUGUUAAUUGUAAAGAUUAAGAUGACCUUUUCGUAUCACUUUUGUUCUAGUGUCGAAGACAAUCUGUGAGCUGUUGUACAACUUAAUACUAGAACUUAUAUAUAUGUUACAACUACUAGGAUAAUUCAUAGGUGUACUAGCAUUCAAUUUUUGAGAAUAUGAACUUUGGUUUUGUUAGUGACUGAGUAAACCUCAUCCUAACAUAACUUUUGCGCAAAGAUUUUGGAAACAAGAUUUUGAAACGAACGGAGCAGCUCUUUUACGUCGCUUCGAAGAAUGGAUGGAG